AUGCCUCCUGCUGUGACUGUGACAGAUAACGUGACGGAAAAUGAGAAAAUAUAUAAGAAUGACAUCCGUGAGCUUUUCAACACAGCUGACCCAGUCUGGUUUAUCAGUCCAGAAGACAGAUGGAAUUUCUUUGGGUCUCUCUUUUUUUGCUGCACAGUAUUCACCACUGUGGGUUAUGGUAAUACCUAUCCUGUGACACGGAUUGGGAAAUAUCUCUGCAUGUUGUAUGCUUUUUUUGGGAUCCCUCUGAUGUUCUUGGUCCUGACGGACAUGGGAGACAUCCUUGCCACUGUCUUAUCCAAGUCUUACAACGAGUUCAGGAAAGUACAGUCCAAAAUUCAGGCCUCUAAACUCUGUUCUGGAUCCACGUGUAGCAAAAGGAGUGAACUGAAAUCCAGGGCACAGUCUAAAAUAGUCAUCAAUGAGCCCCAGACGAUUAUGGAAGUGCUGAGAAGUCAGUCAGGUAUGAAACGGAGGCCGGUCAAAUAUCGCAACGUGGAACUUUUCGAAAUGUUAAUUGCCAGGGAGAAUGAAAACACACAACAAGCAAGAAAUAAAACCAUGGAGAGAUGGAGUUCAUGUCCUGAACUAGCCAGGGGAAAGACGGUGUCCAGAGUAAUCGAGAAUUUUGACAAGAUAGGGAAAGAGUUGGAAAAAUUAGAUGUGCCCAUUGUAUUGAUGGUGCUUGUUAUCUUUGUGUACAUCUCCUGUGCAGCUGCUAUUCUUCCAAACUGGGAAAGAAAUAUGGAUUUUCAGGAAGCCUUUUAUUUCUGCUUUAUCACUUUGACCACUAUUGGAUUUGGAGAUACAAAACUAGAACAUCCCAAGUUUUUCUUGUUUUUUUCCCUCUACAUUAUGAUCGGCAUGGAAAUUGUCUUCAUUGCUUUUAAGCUGGGCCAAGACCGCUUAAUUGUUCUGUAUAAAAAGGUGAUUUCAUUUUGUGCAGAGAAAAAGAUGCCAUCAAAGAAGAUAUAUCCAAAAUAAGAGCAGUCAUUUCUCCUUCACUUGUCCGCAC